AUGAUUUAUGCUAUCCUCAUCGUCAACAAUCAUGGCAAGCCUCGAUUGAGUAAGUUUUUCGACUAUCACAGCGUGGAUGAGCAGCAGAAGCUAAUCCGAGAGUGCUUCAACUUGGUGUCGAAGAGGUCGGACCUCAUGUGCAAUUUCGUGGAGGGAGGGGAUCAGUGGGGCAGCGACACGAAGCUCAUCUAUCGACACUACGCCACACUCUACUUCGUCUUUUGCGUGGACUCUUCGGAAAGCGAGCUGGGCAUCCUCGAUCUCAUUCACAUCUUCGUUGAAGCGCUCGACAAAUCUUUCGAGAACGUGUGCGAGCUCGACCUCAUCUUCCACGCCGACAAGGUGCAUCACAUCCUCGACGAGUUGGUGAUGGGCGGCAUGGUCCUGGAGACCAAUCUGCCCCUCAUCACGGGUGCUGUGGACGAUCAGAACAAGUUGGAGAAAGCGGAGGCUCCACUUAAGCAAGGCAUAAAGGACGCCAUGGCCAAGAAGAUCUUCACGUGA